CACAUGCACCCCGCACGCACUCACAGCACCGUAUACCUUGAGCGUGGUUUUGACUCGAGCCUUGUCGUGGAAAUUCUUGGAUCUUGUCCUGGUGUGGUGGUAACUCAAGGACAAACCUGUGCGGCGCAACAAAAGCAGCAGGAUCCGGAUCUUGCGUGGCUUGCGUCGGUGCACGCCCUGUGACCCUUGUUGGGCAUCCGCAUUGAGAGUGUUGACAACGAUUCUUCCCUCGGGCGGAGAAAGCCAUGUCUCGGGCUGACACAAUUUUGUCGGGGUCCGUUGCGGCACCGUCCCAGAGCGGAGUCCGCAGCAUGCAAACAACUCACAGAACGACGUUGAUGCUUCGAGCCAAGGUCGUUGUUGUCGGAGACGCUUGCGUGGGGAAAACAUCGGUGGUGCAGAUGUUCAAGAGUGGCGGCCACGACUACCCAAAGAACUACAUCAUGACCAUCGGGGUAGACUUUGGAGUGAAGCAGGUGAAAGUUCCCGAGACGGACUGCGUGGUAGAGCUGUUUCUGUUCGAUUGCCCUGGACAAGGAGUUUUCAACAAGCUUGAACAGGGGGCGGCAUACUACGAGAACGCAGCGUUUGUGUGUGUGGUAUUCGACGUGAGCAACAGGGAUUCCUUUGAAAGCUGUGGGCGGUGGCUGCAGGGAGUACGAGCGGCCCUGCCAACCACGUCGGCACCCCUGCCGGGGGUUGUAAUCGCCAACAAGUCGGACUUGAGGGAAGGGGGUAUCAAUGCCAGGGCCGUCGUCGAAACCAAGGAGGGGCGACUAUUCGCCCUUCAGAAUGGCCUAGACUACUUCGAAACGUCUGCAGCGGGGGCGAAAGGUAUCGAUGCGCCGUUCCACCAUAUGGCGACAAGUUUCCACGAAACCUACGAGAAGACCAUCGAGGGGGCGGAGGGCGAGGGUGGGCUUCCUUGA